AUCAAGAUCAACUGGGGCCCAAUAAUUGUCCACUUCAUUGGCAGCAUUGUUUAGUACUCUCAUAGGCAGUGGGAAGUUUGCAUUGUAAUCUGCUUUGUCUGAAAGCACUCAGUUCUUUGCUGAUGGCAUCUAUAAAUGCAUUAGCAUUUCAGACAGCUGCAGUUCAGUCCAUAACAGAGCUCCUGCACUGGAAUAGGCCCCAAGACUGCAGCUAUCAAAACAGCAGUGCAUACCGCUCACUGCACCAAUAAACACUGUUUUAGCGUACGCAAUGGGGCAUGAGACAGGAAUGUGUCGUAUGACAGAAAGAAACAAGUCCAAAGCAAGUGCAGAAAAAAAGAUGGGGAUCUGUGUGUAUUUUUAUGUGACAUACAGAACAGAAAGAGAUCUAGAGAAUGUAAAGGGACUAGGAGAGACAGAAGAUGAGAAUAUAAAAAAGAUCUUGUGGUAAAAAGAGCAAUGAUGUUAGAUCUGAAUUCAAUCCCUUUCAGAGCCGACUACACUGACUGACAAUUUGUCUCUACUAUGUUACCAGUAUUCCUGCAAACACACACAAGGAUGCCCUCAACUCACAUACUUCACACACUGUGUUCUACAAAGGGAUCAAAACCCAAUUACCAAGCAAAACUUGAGAGAAAAUAGGGGAUUUCUCAAGAGGAUUCCAAUGGAAGCUGAGGAGUUAAUAGGGGAUUUAAUGCAGUUUUCCCUCCUAUUUAUCUCCAGCUUGGAUCUAAUGUGAUGAGUGAUGAACAGUUAUGAAAAUAACAGUUUAAGAGAGCUCAGAUGAAGUUUUAAGGAAAGAUCCAAAAAGUCCUGGAUGAGAGAAGAAAUCAGAAAAUCAGUUUUACUGGUCCUGUGCAUGUAUGUUGCAGAAGAGAAUAGCUUGGUUGAGAUAGAGCAAAACGUGUCUUUCUUUUCAUGUAAUUUUUGCUCUAAUUUGGCUGUCGUUCACUCCUGUCAAGCCCUGCAGGGUCAAAUUUAGCCUCCAUCUUUGCUUUUUUGGCCUCAUUUAACAGAUCAGCUUUCACAGCGGUCUUAUCUCUAUAUUUCUCUCAAAUUGUUUUCUGUUUAAUCAUGUCUGUCUUUUGAUAGAGAAGCCUCUCAUUUCUCUGUGCUGCUUGGUCUUCAAAAUGUUUCCUCCUUGAUUUUAUUCCAGCACAUUCCCCUGAAUUCAGUUUGGUUCAACUUGACUCAGUUCGACUCAUUACCCUUGAUUGAAUUAACUAGAAUUAUUUCUUUGAUUUCGUAGUUUCAGUUCGACUCAGUUCAGCUUAUUCAGAUUAUUCUUAUCAGUUCUUAUUCAAAUUCAGUUUGGUUCAACUCUUUAUUCCUGAUCAUUGGUUAAAUCCAUUGAGUUCAUUUUGAAUCAAUUUGACUUAAUUUGGUAGACAACGGAUUCACUGCCAUUCAGUUCUGUUCAGUUUAACUCAAUUAAAAUUAAUAAAAACCAUAAAAUUAGCCCAUAUGAAUUGAGCACUAAACAUUGACCAAUGCAGAUACUGCACACAGAGCUCAUCAAAUAUGGUAAACAUGGAAACGCAACAACAUUGAAAACAACCUCAUUGGUUCUUGCAAAAGUUUGUACAUGAGCUUCCGUAUUCAACCUGGUCUCAUAAAAAAACAUAACUCUGUGCACUUUUUUUGCAACACCGUUUUUACAUGCCAUACUGCAAGUUUCACCACAAUUAUAAAGAGAAAUGUCCACAGAGUGGCACUCAUACUCAUACUCUGUGAGCUACCAAACAAACCAAAUGCCUAUGAAAACCCAUAGAUAUGAAGCUGGAUGUGUGCGAUGCUAAAAUUCAAAAGUAUAUGUUUUCGACUCACCCAGCAUAUUAAUAUUGUCAUAAAAUGAUUUAGUAAUUGUGUGAAAAUUAUGCUUUAUUAAUCAAAACUCUAAAUUUGUGUGAAAAGGAAUAAAAGGUGUCUGAGGUUUACUGCCUCUAGUGUUCAUUUUGGAAACUGCAGUGAUGUACUUAUUGGUAAGUAUUUCACAUCUCCCUAAAAAGUGCACCAAGGUACAUUCAUGCAAUGAGAACAGGUAGCCUUUAAUGUUUUGAUAUAUGUGCAUUGAUCAGUGUUUAUAUGUGAGUAAAAAAAAUCAUAACACAAAGCAAACAUGUCUCUUCAGAAGACUAGAUUAAACCACUCAAUUCAUAUGAAUUACUUUUUUUAAGAUGGAACUAGUGCAUAUGUAUUUAAGUGUAUGCAAUGAAAUCAGUAGUGUAUGCAACCAUUAUAUAUUCUAAUAAUUAGAAAGAAAACUUGAGCGCAUGUUAUAAUCUACAGAAAAUUAAGAAAUUCUUGUGAUGUCUCACAUCUUGCUGAAGUUCAAUAUUUCCAGCUGUCCAUCUGUUCUGUGUUUAGGAACCAAAGCCAAAAACCGACUGAUAAUACAGAGAAAAAUAACAAACUGAGUAACAUCAAAGGCAGAUAUGACCCCAUCUUAUAUCAACUCUCUCUCUCUCUCUCUCUCUCUCUCUCUCUCAAUAAAUGUUAGAUAAACUGAAUAUUUGUUAAGCACUUCAAACUUCCAAACAGCCCAGGGGAAAAAUUUUCCUAUUUCAAACAGGUCUGUGACUGUCCACAACUCUCUUUAUUUGCAAAAAGAGCAACACACACACACAAACAAACAAACAAAUAAACAAAUUAACAUGCGCACAAUUCUAUUCAAAAUAAAGGUCCGAGACAGUUUAAUGAAAGGCCUUUAUUUAUCUGUCUAGCGGGGUGUGACAAAGCAAAGUAUAGUCCUGUCAGCGUAAUUGACAUCUGUUCAAGAACAAGCAUGGUUCUUGAAAAAAAAUAUGCAAAACCAAAACACAUACAGAUUCCUCCUGAAUGUGUGAAGCCAUUAGUGCAUGAAUAGAGGCCUGUCAAGAAAUCCAUCGUUCCAUCCAUCCAUCUGUCCCUCUAUCUCUCUUUCUACUGCAAAAGCGUAUAAACAGAGAUGGAAAGCAGACAACAGCAUUCGGCAAUGCCACAAACUUUCAGUGCAAAGCAAAAGCUGCAUUUCAGCCAUGCACUGUCCAUGGUGCUGAACAGAGUUUGUGAGCACGAGACAAAACAAGCAAGAGUUUGAUGGUAAGCACUCUCUCUGUGAUUAAUUGUCUUAGUUUUUUGAUUCGUAUGUGUUAUGGCAAUGGUGUGAAUGUGCUAUGACUAAAUGUGUGUGAGGAUGGGGGAGGAACUAAAUAUAGAAGAACACAAAACUUACACAUUGCUCUCUCACACAGAUAGUCUCAGAUGUGUUUAGUAGGGUGGGGGUGGAGGCCCUUCUGCAUAGUGUGAAAAUAAAUAUUAGUUGACUAAUAUGGGCUCUUCAAUGGCUUAAUACAAAACCCAAUACAGCCACUCCAACAUUAUUAGGACAAAUGUAUAAAUGUCUUUGCAGUAGAUAACGACAUCAUUAUGAAUGCACCAUAAAGCAAUACAAUAUGAGUCAUUAGCUGAUAUUAGGGAUUUUUUUUAUUCUCAUAUUAUUUUAUUGAUUUUGGUUGAUAUCGAAACAUUUUAUCAUUUGUAUUUGUAUAAUUACUGAUUUUAUUUUUCAAGUUUGUUUAAUUUUGCCCUUUGUUACACACACACACAAAUAUUUUUUAUCAUUAAGGGCUAAUUAGUAUUGGCCAGAAUUUAAAUAUUGGUGCACUGUAUAUUUAUAUGUUUCAAUAUCUGUAAAUAAUUGUCUUUAAACAGGUACAUUUCUUCCUCUGUUGUUUUGACUUGGUUGCCUUUUUGAACAAUGCAUUGUGUUAAUAAUAUUGCUCAUUAGUUAUGGAUACAAGCUGCCAGAACUAGCACACAUAGCAUCGCGCACGCACGCACAAAUGCACGCAUGCACACACACACACCAAUCGUUUUUAUUUAUGGUUGUAUAUUAUGGACGUAUCUAAUCAAAGAUGAAUGAUGUAAAAUUGAUUAAUCCACUUGCCCACUAUAUAACUAUGAAAAACAAGUGUAGCAAGGAGGACAAAGAAGAGUAAGGAGUGCUGGUUUUCAGUAGUGUUACACUCCACUACAUUCUCUAAUCAACUGAACAAAUGAGGUUCGUCACAUCUGAAUAGUCUUCUUUUCUAAUAAACCUCAUACACAAUAAACAAAUAUAUGCUCACCUGCACAAGCUGCUUACCUGAGAUGGCUGCAUGGAUGCUCUAUAUUUAUUAUUAGUCUGGAGUGUUGAUGUGUUGUUGACGUGUGAGUCUGUUUUUAGUGGCAUGUCUGAGUGUAAAUGUGUUUGUGUGUUGUGGGGUAUUGGUUUAUGCUUGCUAGAACGUGGCCACCAUUUUCAAUAUCAUUAUGGAAAUAAACCAGCCAAAAGAUAUUGUGAAAUGUUUUUUAAAAUGAAAAAUGACCCUGAAUGAAUAUGAAAAUAUUUUAAGACAACACCAUUCCAUAUUUUCUCUCUCUCUCUCUCUCUCUCUCUCUCAUUACUUGGUGUGUGUUUGCCUUUAACUGGGUAAAUUCGAAGGCUGUUCAUAACUCAUCUAUUCCAAUAAUAACUAAUAAGACAAGACAAAUAUAGCAGGCAGAGAUGGAGAGAGGUUCUCGCUGAUGGUACAGCUAGAUAAAUUACGUUUGUUCUCAAACACAGACUUUCUUCUCCCUCUGUUUCCUUCCAUUUCUCAGAUAUACAAAUAUUACACAUGUUUGUUUUCCAUGAUGGAGACUUCCAUUGACUUCUAUUAUUUUUAAACUGAGUUAAUGAUAUUUCCUAUCUUCUAGAUCAAAACGGUCACAGAUCCAGGAAUUACAAAAUGACCUAAUUUAGUGCAUUAAGCUGAUUUCCUCAUGGGAACCAUUUCCUGCAGGUGAUUUUCAGGUGAUUUCAUCUUUUCCAGGGGCGUUUAGAUCUUAAUGUAGGCAAAACAAACAUAUAUGGUAUCUAUGUAUGUAUAUAAAACAGACACAUACAUUUAAACACAACAUGAAUUACAAUAUUAGCAUUAAUAUUAUAUUAUGUAUUGCUGUAUAUGUCAUGUAUAAACAAAGUUAAACAUUAUAAGAGUGUUUGGGAGUGCAAAUGUCUUAUUAACAUCAGGUAGCAGCAAAGGCUAUAUCAAUCCUCUCAGCAUUUGAUGUACAUCUUUAUCUCCUUCCUCUCCGUAUCACUCUCUCCAUACUUAGCUCUUCCUUCUGCUUCUCUAUCAUCUCUUCCUAUAUCGCUCCCUCGCUACCCAAACCAUCACACUCAGCCAAUACUGCUGGAGGCUGUCCAUCUCUCUCUCUCUCUCUGUCUUUUAGCCCCCUCCCUCCCUCACUCUCUCUCUCCAGUAUCAGUGUGUAGUCAACACUCGCUCCUUAGUCGCUCGCUGGCUCGCGCAAACAUCUCAUCUGCUUGCGAAAGAAGAAAAAACAAUUGUAGAAACCCGAGAAAAUCUGAACAACAGUAGAAGCAAAUGAGAGAAGUAUGCAAACGCACUGCUAAAAAUAUCUAGCAGUACAAAAGAGAUCUAUCAAUUUUUUGCUCUCAUUUUUUUUCUUCUGUUCUGUUGUUCCCUGGAUACCUGACCGACAGGAUUAAAAAUGACUUAAAUUUCAAUCAGCUGUGGCAGAAGAGAAAGAAAGAGGGAUGAACAAAAGAGGAGUUUGUCCUCUGAAGAGAUUCAGUGGCACACAGCUGGUGAGAACGAGGGAGUGUUAGACGGAGAGAGAGAAAUCAAGAGAGGGAGGGAGAGGACCGGAGUCCGAAAGAGAGAGAAUGAGGGUCUUGUUUCGCUUUUGAGGAAGCCAGGAGUCGGAUCGGCAUUUCCUGCAGGACGACUCGACUGGAAAAGCUGGAAAAGCAGUCAUUCCUCCUUCCCAUCAUCCCGUUUUUCUCUGUGCUUUCUCUAGGACGUUGUUUUGCCGUGAGACACAAAGGCCUCAGAACUGGCAGCUCACUGGAGUUCGACACAGAAAGACGAAUGGAACAAACAACUGACGAGGCGAGUGCGUGAAAAUAACAAUCAGAGCAAUUUGGAGGAGAAUACAAACAAGGUGCACAUCUGGAAUAAGGAAUAAACAAACUGACAUAAUGAGAGAGAGCGAGAUUAGAAGGUGUUAAAGGUGAAAAUGAGCGCAUGAACAUGGCAGGUGGAUGAAAAGGAGCAGGAAUAGAAAGUGAGAGGAAGAUAAAAACAGCAGGAUCCUGGAAAAUAGAGGGGAAAACCAGCUGGAAAGAGUCAAAGGUGGAAGAAUAUGGUGAGAAUCUUAAAAUGCGAUCAGUGGAAAUGUGAAAUUGCUGGUAGGCCCCAAGGCCAAAAUGUUCCACAGCAAGGGAAGAGCAUAUCUAAGUGCAUACGAGUGGAAUUGAGAGUCUGACUCAAGUUAAAUCCGCAUGUUUGAAGUGUGCGCAUGGACACAGGAUAAACUCAUAAGCACACACUGACACUCCUCUACCUCGACAAGGGAUAAACACCUCAGUCUGGAUUAAAACGCAUCUCAGAAACUUAAACGCAUGGAAAUGAGCAGCUAAUUGACCUGGGAUCAACACAGACAAAAAAGGUCUGUGGAUCACUCCCCUAUCUACCAUGCAAGACUCCCCACUCCUUCAGCCAUUCAGAAAACCACAUCCGUCCCACAUUUUAUACCAUCCUCACAGGAACACACACUCCCCCUCAUUGCCCGCUCAUCCUUCCAUCCAUCUGAAACAGAAAACCCUCAAACAAUCUGAAGCAUUUUGUCAACCCUCUCCUCCGCUCUGGCCAAAGUUCACCAGCAGAUACUCACCCCCAGACACAUUCUCACCAACAUUACCACUGCAAUUACUGCACUGGCUGGCACUGGUCACUUGUGCCUGCUUGUUGCCUGCUUUUUUCAGUCAGAUUCCAGGAGCUGUAGCUGGUGAGACGUGGGGUGUAGUGUCAGCGUGCCCCUUUCAUUGCGUCUGCAGGAAUCUCUCAGAAUCUCUAAGCACACUUUGUGCUGACAAAGGUCUUCUUUUUGUCCCGCCAAACAUUGACCGCCGAACUGUUGAACUUCGCCUUGCCGAUAACUUCAUUCGAGAAGUGGGAGGAGGUGACUUUGCCAACAUGACGGGACUGGUGGAUUUGACACUAUCCCGGAAUACCAUCAGUCACAUCCGGCCACUGGCAUUUGCAGAUCUGGAAAGUCUUCGUUCGUUGCACUUAGAUGGCAACCGACUCUCAGAGCUGGGCCCACGAGACUUAGUAGGCAUGAUAAACCUCCAGCAUCUCAUUCUCAACAACAACCAACUCAUCAACAUCUCCUCUGAGGCAUUUGAUGACUUUUUAUUCACUCUGGAGGAUUUGGACCUAUCCUACAACAAUCUGCGCAAGGUUCCCUGGGAUGCCAUUCAGAGUAUGGCCAGUCUGCACACUUUGAACCUAGAUCACAAUCUCAUUGACCAGAUUGCUGAGGGGUCUUUUAGUGAACUCUACAAACUAGCCCGAUUGGACAUGACCUCCAAUCGCCUACAGACUUUACCACCCGAUCCAUUGUUCGCUCGCUCCCAGACGGGGGUCAUCAGCCCUACACCCUACAAUGCAGUAAUCAACUUAAAUUUUGGGGGUAACCCGUUACACUGCAACUGUGAACUGCUUUGGUUGAGGAGGCUGAUCCGCACUGAUGAUAUGGAAACUUGUGCGACACCCCUUCAUUUAGCGGGACGUUAUUUCUGGUCUAUCCCUGAGGAGGAAUUUGCAUGUGAACCUCCGCUUAUUACACGGCAUACACACAAGCUCUGGGUUUUGGAGGGUCAAAGGGCAACUCUCAAAUGUCGUGCUAUUGGUGAUCCAGAGCCAGUGGUGCACUGGGUCUCACCAGAUGACCGCAUCAUUGGCAAUUCCAGUCGUACCACAUCUUUCCGAAAUGGCACUCUUGAGCUACAUGUGACUAUUGCUCAUGAUGAUGGUACAUACACUUGCAUUGCUAUCAAUGCUGCAGGUGAAGCCACCUCACUUGUUGACCUGAAGGUUAUUCCCCUCCCUCAUCGUGGAAAUGGAACGGUAUUGUUAGCUCGUGAUCCUGGAUCAUCGGACAUCACCAGAGGGAAGACUUCCAGUGGGCAAAGCCCUGGUGUGGACAGUAACAUUGACCCUCAGGAGGGACGGGAGGAGGGUCAGGCUGAGGGUGAGGAUGUGGUUAGUGAAGGGGUAGAGGAGCAGAUGAUAGGAGUACAAGGAGUGACCUCCACCUCAGCACAAGUGCGGUGGGAUAAGGGUCGACCGAUGGGAGCCAGCCUGGUGUGGAUGUAUCAAAUACAGUAUAACUGUACUGCUGAUGAAACACUAAUUUACAGGAUUCUGCCCCCCACGAGUGACAGCUUUCUACUGAAAAACCUGGUCUCUGGCUCAGACUACAAUUUGUGCGUGCUAGCCAUUUUUGAUGACACAGUCACUUCCAUGGCCGCUACAAAGGUCCUUGGUUGCACCCAGUUUAGCACCAAGGACAAUUACCCAGACUGUCGUUCGCUUCAAGCUCACUUCCUUGGCGGGACACUUACAAUUCUUGUAGGUGGAGUUGUUGUGGUAACACUGUUAGUGUUCACCGUGGCACUGAUGGUACGUCACCGUGUUUGCAGCAACCAUGACAACCAUCAUGAAAUAAGCGAGGAGGUAGGAUGCUCAGGAACAGACUCCCCGCCUCUUCCUGCCAAGGGAGUCGAUGUCUUUUCUCAGAGUAAUGGAAAUGGGAAUGUGAUGAUGGUGGUGCUGCCCAACGGGCUUGUUCAAAAACGAAAAGUAGCAGAGGGAGGGUUGGGGUCACCGCCCAAACCAACUUCCAAAGUGAAACCAAAAACCCUCCCAAAGCCCAAGGUAAAUCUGGAACAGUUCAGGGCAGGACUAGAAGUCGAGAUGGGUUCUGUCAGGGCUCUUCCUCCGUAUAAACUGGAGAAAGAGCAAAUGUCUUUGUAUUAUACCCCUAGUAAUCACUCCCCCUCCACACUGCCACGUCCGUCACGGCAAUUAGGGGCGAAACCGCUCAAACUGCGUCCUACCAAUGUGAACACAAGAAAACGGGCCAGUUUAAGUUUGGCUCCGCCACCUAAGUAUGGCCGUGACAGGCGGUUCAGCACAGGAGAGGGCAUUGUAGUCCGUCAGGGAGGACCAGAGAGCCAGUGGAAUUCCUCACUGGCCUAUCAGAGCCCUGUGUUGUCCAAUGAGAGUCCUCCUCACAGCGCCCUGCGCUACAAGAGAAGCUCAUCGUUCGAUAUGGGUGAAAUCGCCACAACAGCCUGCUACAGUUAUGCCAAGAGACUUAGUGUAAUCUGGACCAAACGGAGCCAGUCGUUACAUGGCAUGCUUGUCCAGUGCACUUCAGCAACAAGCACCUCAACAACCAGCAGCGGCAGUGACGACUUCCACAUGCAGCAUGCACGCGGAUACAUCCGUGCCUAUAACGCCGCAAACUCAAAUUCCAACCCUCCGAAAGCAGAGGUUACAACAAAUUCAAAGAACCAGUGGCUGAAGGAUAAAGAGAAGGAUAAAGAAAAGGACAAAGAAAAGCCAGAAGAACUUGAGGAGAGUGUGGUGUAGCAAAAGAGUAAACAGAUGAGAUACGCAAGUAGACAAGUUAAGAGACAAGCUGUUAGGACAAGAAGAUGGAUCCGGAAGGAGAAACUGGUUUAAAGGAGAGCUGUGGUAAAGUUACUGUAUAAGUGGGGCUAAAGGAUUUGGGAUAAAACAAAUCAACAAAAGCUGGUUUGGUGGUCUUAGCUGCUCUCUGGUUUGGAAAUGGUGAUCUGGUUUGCUGGUUUUAGAGGGAUUUGGGGUACUUGCCAGCUGGGCAGCCUGUGACACCAGCAAAACCAGAUGAAGACCAGCUUGACCAGGCUGAGAGACCAGUUAAGCCAGAUAAGUCAUACGAUGGUUUUAGACUGGCUCUUCAGAGGGAAAGUUGUUGAGGAUCUCAUAUAAUAUUGAUGGAUCAGAAAAAAAAAAUUGCAAGUGAAUAGACAGCAGAUAUAAAAGUCAAGUCUCCUAAAAAAACAUGCAAACAGUCUGGUUUGUCAGUGAAUUUUGGAGAACCACAAACUAUAUUUCUUUUUAAAAGACAAAGAAAAAAAAAACAAGAAAAAAAAAA